AUGGGGAAAGUUACUUCACCAUUGAGUACCGCCAACUGGCGCAGACCGCAGUUUUCCCACGACCAGAAUAUUCGCCAGGUCAAGAUGCCCAGGAAGCGAAAGCCAUCGACCUCUGCCACCGAGUUUGACGUGACCGAUGCAGCUACCCACUGGCGAAAGCCCGUCGCCGGCGUUGACUCUUUACACAGCGCAACCGAUCCGAUGUCUGCGGGGGAUCAGCAUAUCCUGAAGAAGCUUGACGGCAAUCCCUCGGCUACGGCCAAAUGUGCCGUGGCCAGUGCCGUUCCUGUUGCCAGCGAUGGGAGCAAGAUGUCCUCCUAG